UCCUCGCGCGUGCACUACCAAGUAUCCGGUAACAACGAAGAUGCGGAAAAAGUGUGAAGAGAUAAGCGGCUACGGCGAAAUAGCAGGAGCCGCUGGAACCGGGGGGAGACUGUGACAGGUUCAGACACCGGGGCAGCGGUGCUGUCGCACGGUUAAACUUGUGCCUCCUGCGCCUGAUAUUUGCUAACCGGCGGAGACUCCAGAGAGGCGGCACUAACUCCUGGAGCUGUCCAAGUGCAUGUCUGUGAAGAUAAGCCAUCAAUAUGCCUUCAAAACAACUCAGAACACAGCAAAGGAGAAUGUACAAAUCACUGGCCAUGGAGUCUGUAGUUGCAGUUGCAGAGAGCAGCGAAAGGCAGGUCGAGUGAGCCUCUACCGCAACUGUGGAGCGGCUCCUCAUGUGCAGCUCAGCCGUCAUGAGCCGCUGGUGAUCAUGGCCGGGACCGUCAUGCUGGCCUACUACUUCGAGUACACCGACACCUUCAGCGUGCACGUGCAGGGCUUCUUCUGCUAUGACACCGCCUAUACCAAACCCUACCUGGGACCGGAGGACAGCAGCGCCGUCCCGCCUGUCCUGCUCUACGCCGUGGUGGCCGGGCUGCCCACGCUACUGAUUACAAUAACGGAGACCGUGCUGUUCCUGGUCCAGUACACAUCCAAAGAGUUCGACCGCUCAGAGAAGACGGUGGCCACCGGGGACUGCUGUUACCUCAACCCGCUGGUGCGCAGGACUUUCCGCUUCCUUGGAGUCUACACAUUUGGCCUCUUCACCGUCGACAUCUUCGUCAACGCAGGCCAGGUGGUGACGGGCAACCUCGCGCCAUACUUCCUGACCGUCUGCAAACCAAACUACACAGCGCUGGGCUGCCAGCAGGCUCUGCGCUACAUCAGCCACCAGGAGGCCUGCACAGGAAACCAGGACGACAUCUUGCGGGCUCGCAAAACCUUCCCGUCCAAAGAGGCUGCGCUCAGUGUCUAUGCUGCACUCUACCUGGCUAUGUACGUGACGUGCACGGUGCAGGCGAAGGGCACCCGCCUGGCCAAACCGGUGCUGUCGCUGGGCCUCAUGUGUCUGGCCUUCCUCACCGGCCUAAACCGCGUGGCUGAGUACCGCAACCACUGGUCGGACGUCAUCGCUGGCUUCAUCAUCGGCACGGCCAUCGCCGCUUUCCUGGUGGUGUGUGUGGUGCAUAACUUCAAAGGCAAGUUACUGCUGAGUGAGGAGUCACCAGCGGAGCAGCGGCCCAACGCAGCCCUGCUGAGCAUGGGUCGAAUGGAGAGCCCUCUGGAGAAGUACAUCGCCUCCCAGAAUCACAUCGCCUUCGCUGAGGUCACAUGACGUGGAGUCGGCCGUGUGGCAGACUCACUGGACGUCCACGUUCUUCACCAUCCAGCGCUAAAGCCCAUCCUCUGUGUGCAGUAUGUCGUUCUAUGUUGUCUCUGCCGAGCCCCCGUUGUCGUUUGCAGCUUCUCGUAUUUAAGUAAAACAAAACAUAAAAAAAGUCAAGAAAGGAGCGUGGGACACGUUGCUUCUGCUUUGUCAAUCUAUGCACUUACUCUGAGACCUUCACCAGACUCUUCUGGAGCGGACGGGUUGCACACUAUGGGACAGGAGAAAAACAAGCUGGAUCCACCAUCUCAACUCCGUCGGGGUCAAAUGUUAUUUUAUAGUUUGGCUAUUUUGCAUUUUAAGUGGUCACUAAUGUGAGUUGAGUCCAAAAGGAAAAAGGAACCCCUCUCUCUCUCUUUCCAUGUUUACAGUUGACCACCUGUUUUAAAGAAGGCCUCACUAUAAAUUAAGUUAUGAUCACGUUGCAUGUUGGAGGCAGAUGAAGCGGCAGGGAAGCAGCCUUCACAUGAUUACAUGAUAUGUGAAAUAACACCAAGCUGCCGGGCUCCUUCAUUACAACCUGGGUGCCUGUACUGCAGGUGAAUCCAUGCCCGUCUGCCUCCGUGCGACUCUGACGUCUCAGCUCCGAGGGUCUUCUGCAGUCUUUCAUGCCAGUCUUCCUAUUUUACAUACACGUGUACAGUAGUGUUGAAUAAUUCUUUAAACUCACGCCAGAGUAGCAAAGGCCGCAACCGUAGUGCGGUUUUGUUCCAAGAGCGUAUGUACAGUACAGUAUAAACAGUCAGUUGCAGCCAGUGAAGCGCGGCCGUGAGUUUCCUGUUCGCAGCAGACAAUCACUGCCUCCCUUUCCCCUCUCUGUCCCGUGGUCGCAGCUCGGUUCAGGAUGUGCAGCAGCAGCUGUGUAAUCCAGCGCUGCGCUCUACAUGAGCAAUGGAAUCGAUGUGGAGAGCACUCUGCGCCCCACUGUCACCUAUUUGCAAGAGCAGUUUCCCUAAAGUGAGAGCUAAAAAAAACAAGGUCAGACGUUCUCACAGGCCAUAAGUGUGAUUUUAUUGUAUGCUUUUAUUACUCACAUGUGCUCACAAUACUUUCCUUUGUGCUACACAGUAUGUGCUAUGUUAUAUCAGGGUACAGAUGAACAACUGUUCCUGUUUCUUAGUAUUUAUUCAUGGCCUGCGCCGUGGAACGGGAGCCGUAGCGUUGUUCUGGGCUGGCGUCACACGGGGGAGCAGCCCAGAACUUCAAUGCCUUUGAUCAUCAGCAAGGCUACGACUUUUGUUGUUGCACAAUUUUUUUCCCCUUUGAAACAUUCUGGUGCGGCCCGGCGUAACACUGAACAUGAAAGAAGGAACACUGUUGGGCAUGAAGUUCCGCGUUUACCGAAACGCUUCGCCACUUUUAGGAAUCCGUUGUUCGCCGUUUUCCCCAGAGUUGGAUCAGAUUUAGUUCGGGCUGCUGUUGUUGUUGUUGUGCUAACCACACAAAGAGCGGUAGCCUUUCUUAGCUAGCACAGAGACGAGAGGCCAGCAGCGAGGAUACUGUAGUCAAACGGAUGAAUGAUCCAAUGAUGGUUAACUACAGUAGAAUGCUAAACAUCUGUUUUCCACUUCCUUGACCCGUCACAUCAGUCAAUCACUUUUCUCUGCUUUUUGAUAAAAGGAGAUAACACUAACUGGAGACCUGUCCAGGGUCUGCCCUGCCUUUCAGUCAAUGACAUCUGGAAUUUGUUCCCAGCUAUCCUACAGCCAGUACAACCGAGUGCCUGUGGAUCCAGCUGUGGAUUUGUUCUGUUCCCACUCUAGUCAAUGGUUGGGUCUCACCAGCAUCCCGUUACAUUUGUUUGUGGCCUUGUGUUGUAACAUCACUUACUGUAUGAGCUUGUUAUAUACCUUAACCUACAGUACACAUGUAUGUUAACACCUCGUGUCACCAGACUAGAUCAACCACGGAUGACAAAAAAUUGGACAUUAGCAGUUCAGGAACACGAACAGAAAGUUCUAGAGAAACCACACUUUAAUGUAAUUAAACGGCCAAAACUACUUACACUACACAGAGAGGCUCAAGAAACGAAGGGAAAGAUGAGGAAAAAUUAGGACCACUAAAACCUGCCACACUUCUGAGGCGCUCCGGUGGAAUCUGAAGCAGCGCAGAAAAGGCAAUAAGCAUCUGGUGGAAUCGUGUCACAGGCGUUUAGAAUCAUACAUGGAAUGAUGGACUUUCCUCCGUCAAUAGAUAGAAGCGAUGGAACAGAAAACGCUGGCGGUCUGUGAAGCCAGUGCGUCUUUUGCGUAUUUGCCACGUACAGUAAGAUCAUGUCUUCAAACGCAGUGGAACAAGGAACACGGUGGCGAUUAUAGCCGAGCACAAAUGCAGAAAUGAAACCCAACCCAAGAAAAUGUGAACUUUAAUUGUAAAUUCACCUGAAGGCCAUGAACACAACUCUAAAGGCAUUGGGUGGAUGUGGUGUUUUUCUGCCCACUAGUGACAGAAAAUUCAUUCAUGCUGCUUUAACAGGUCACUUCGUUGAUUUGUCUUGAACUUACUGUUUAUGUAGCCAAUUGAUGAUUCAUAAUAGAAGUGCCAUCCUGUGUUCAGUCCUCAUAGCAAUAAAAUGUCAGCCUUUGUUUCUCAUACAGGACAGAGGUAAAGAACACUGAACGUCUGAUUCUGUCCCCUUUAAAGCUCUAUUUUUGUAACGAUCCCUGAAUGGCGACUCCAGGCAGGAACUAGCAAAGCGCAGCACUUUAAAUCAAGCUCUAACUCCUCUCAUUGCUAAUGAAAUGGCCACUGAUGCUGCUGCUGCUGCUGCUGCUUGAAGACAAACUUCGCAUAGAACAUUCAGGACGGACUUAAAAGUGAAAUCAGCUCAAAUGUGCACCACAACAGCUACAGUACUACGGUUUGCUAGAAUAUUUAAAGGAUUAUUGUAAAAAUGUAUAUGUUAAAAUGAAUAUAUAUGGUCUUAUUCUACAUUACUGCUAUUUUCUUAUGACUGUGCACUGUGUGAUUGUCCACAAUAUCCUUUAUCCCUCAAAUACGUGUUAUUGCUUCAUCGUGUCAUUUUACGUAGUAAAAAGUAUAGUUCAUGUUGCAUUUCAAAUAUUGCGUUUUCUACUGUGUUUUGUGAAUAGUGAACUCCAUGUUAUGUUAUUAUUACGUUCAUUACUCUGCUGUGGAAUUCCCGUCUUAUAUCACAAGUUUGUUGUGAGCCAUUCGUCAGCGAAGUUAUACUGUUGUUUUUUUAACCAUAUAUUUAUUGUUGUCACUUUUUAUGGACGUUUUGCUCUUCUUCUAAUUCAGUUCUUCUCUGCAUAGUUCUUAUUUUCAACUUCAGUUCUGACUGUGACCUUUUACACUGUAGAAGAAGGGAAAUUUACAGCUUUUGAAUAAAAAAUACAUUUAAUAUGAA